AUGAGGACGGUUCUGUGGAUCGUGCCCCUGGUGGCGCAAGUCUUGGCGAUGGCUCCCGCGCGCCUGGGACAACGACGUGGUGAUGCAAUGGACGCGCCGAAUCAAAAAGGAUUGCUUAGCUUGAGAGGCUCCGCAGGGUAUCCUGAUGAAGCUUUGCAAUGCUUCGAAGUCACGAACCCGGUAUUGUCCUCGAAUGGCAUUGUCGACGGCCAUGAGCUCCUGGACGGCUAUCCUGGCAAGGUGCCGCCCAAGUCAUGCCAGAUCCAGUUGAUGAGCCAUGUCUUCGGGAAUAGCUAUGGUCAGCCGUUUGUCGCCGACUAUACACCGCCUGAUGAGACGAAAUGUCCUUUCAACAGGGUGGUGAUGAACUUUACUGUAGUCUCCGAAGGCCGCCAAUUUGAUCGCUUGGCUAUUAUGUGGCUAGGGGACACAGAAAUCUGGCGGACUUCUACAGCAGAACCCAAGCCUCGCCCUGGUAUUGCGUGGACCUACUGGAAGGAUAUGACAACGUACCUGCCAUUAUGGAAACAACCCCAAAAGCUCAUUUUUGAUCUUGGGAAUCUCAUAAAUGAAAAAUACACGGGGUCUUUCAAUACCACGCUGACUGCCACGUUUAUACAGGAUCAGGAUUUGAGAGGGCCGGCAGCACCACCAGCAGACAAGAUUGUGCCCUUGUCGGCCGGUAAGGGGGCUUCUGGGCAAGGAAGCGCGUUUACAUACCCUGAUGAAAAGGCCGAGAAGUCAAUCACUUUACCUCGCAACAUUGAGCGCGCUGUCCUGUCGGUUGCUGCUACUGGCCAAUCGGACGAGGAAUUUUGGUGGUCAAAUGUCCCAGAGAGCGCUGUCAACAACUGGAACGGAACGAAAUUGCUUGGCAAAGGGUCUUUCCGUGAGGUCAGACUCCGAAUUGACGGCCAGAUUGCGGGUUUAUCUUGGCCGUAUCCGGUUGUCUUCACUGGAGGCAUCUCACCCCCGUUGCAUAGACCUGUGGUUGGGCCUCAGGCGUUCGACUUGAAGGAACAAGAAAUUGACAUUACGCCCUGGCUGGGAGUAUUAUGCAAUGGCAAAGCACACACGUUUAGCCUGGAGGUAGUUGGUGCAGACGAUGCUGUGGUAAACAGAUACUGGCUACUCUCGGGCAAGAUCUUUCUCUGGCUAGAUGGCGAGGGCUCAGUCACAUCGGGAUGCCCACCAAAAGUCACCCUGAGCAAACCCAAUUACAACCCGCAUCUAGCUGCCAUCCCAAAUAAGUCUCUUAGAUAUGAUCAGACGACAUCACGCACAUUGGAAAUCAAGUCCAAGAUUAAGCGGACUGGCAAAGUGUCUAAGGCCACUUGGUCCCAACACUUCGCCAUGCGGAACACGGGCUAUAUGCUAGACGCGGGCAACGCCCAACAAGUUGACGCAUCAUACGAGGGAGAAGACAAGGCUACCAAAGACGCGACCUCGUACUACUAUGCUGGCUAUUCCUACCCAAUGUACACGAGCUACAUUCAAAAGGCUCCCGACGGCGAGUAUAGUCUCACGUUAGAUACCAACCUCACCCAAACAAUGGACCUUGCAGUCACCGGGAGCACAGUCUUUUCCAGUGGUUUAGAACCUUUCCUCACUCGCCUCCCAGACCGGGUGUCUGGUUCCGGAACUAAAACGACCAAGAAAGGCAACGCAUUCUUCUGGCAAAAAGACGGUGGUAAAACCAGUGGAGGUUUCGGGAGCACACAUCAGACGUACGACUUUGGUGCCAAGAGCUCUUCGCAGGGGGACAGCGUAGGUUUUGCUGGUUCGCAGCGUUUAUAUUCACGGGAGGUAGUUGUGAAGAAUGAGACAACAACGCUUGAUAAGCAAUGGAUUUUUGGCAAGGAACUGGUACAGACGGGACCACAGGAACAACCAGGGCGAGUGAAUGAGAGCAAUGGGUUUGCGGCCAAGUUUAUCGGAGGAAAGAGACUAGGCGCAAAGCUUAGCAUCAAGUGGCCGAGGGAGGCAAGUGUUGAUGUCAAUGGUGGGAGGUGA